AUGACGUGGCGGUGGUUGAACGUGCUGCUCACGCCACUAGUCGCAUGGAUCCUGCUGACCUACACGAAAGCCGCGGGAUUGGAGUCCGUUAUGAAAAUUGUCAGUAGCGAUCGCACUGUGAAGCUGGAUCCAAGCGUGCAGCACAUUCCGCUUGAUCCCGCCAAGGCGCACAUGCGGCCACCGCCGGCGCAGAUUUCCACGACCUCCAACAUCUUCGUGGGCAUUUCAGUAUAUCGCGAUGGUCUUCGCUGCGGUAAGACUAUCUUCACAGGCCUCAAACGGGCCAAGUACCCAGACCGGCUCUUUUUUGGUAUCGUGGACCAGGUGAACGAUGAUGACAAGCGCUGCCUCGACGAGUACUGCAAAAUGGCGAAAGCAGAGUGGCCGGACCAAGGCGAGUGUCCAUAUAAGGAUCAUAUCCGUGUAGACUUGCACCCGGCUUCCGAGUCGCGGGGUCCUACGCUCGCGCGCCACUUCCAACAGAAGCUCAUUCAGCAAGAGGAGUUUUGUCUGCAGCUCGAUGGUCAUAGUAUCUUUUCAAACCUUUGGGACGAAAAUCCACUGGUCGAAUGGAAACGCGUGGACAAUGAGAUGGCCAUCCUGUCUACAUAUUUGCACCACCUUCAUGAUUUUAUAAAAGAAAACGGCGACAAUGCUUUCUCCGCACUGUUGCCCCACCUGUGCUCAACCAUGCGUAACUCUCAUGGAAUGGUUCGCACUGUUGGUGCUAGCGUGAUCAGUGGGGGUAAGUUUCCGCAGCUGCAAGCAUUAUGGGGCGCUGGCAUGUCCUUUAACAAGUGCCAUGCCGAGCGUCGCGUGCCGGUGGACUCGCACACGCUCUGGCUGUUUGAUGGUGAGGAGUUUUUGCGCGCGGCCCAACUAUGGACGAGUGGCUACGACAUGUACUCGCCUUGUGACUUGGGCUCCGUGGUGUUCCACAAUUACUCGCAAGUGCCUGCUCGCUUUCAGCAAAUGACGAUUGAUCCAAAGAUUAAGCAGCGUGAGAGGGAGAUGGCGUUUAAUCGUUUUAAUUUUCUAGUUGGCAAGCCCGUGAAAGGUCUUGUCGACACGUUCGAGCUGGACAAGUACGGGUUUGGGUCAGUGCGCUCAUUUGAGAGUUACCUCAAAUUCUGUGGUGUAACCUUCCAGGAAGGUCAGAGCGAUGCCGAGUCAUGCGAGCAACUUCACUGGGUACCUUACGAGAACGAAACAGAGGUGGAGGCUUUGGUGGGAAAUGGGUGGAAGGUGGGCGAAGAGAACAAGGGUGUUACACGUGAAAGUGCUUUACUGACUAAUGAACACGCAGUUGUCGACGAGGAUCCAAAUGCUGAGGUUGCACAGCAAGAGGCAAAUGCACACCUUAGAGACGGUGCGGACGUUGUUGGGGACGAAACGGUAAUCGGUGCGAACACGCAGCUGCGGCGGAAAGUAACGGUCAAUCGCGCAUCAGGGGGUCCUUUCGGUGUAUUGGUUUGGCCUUUUCUCGUCUUCGCUGUGGCAGCUGUUUGUGUGAGAUUUUUAAAAGACAGCAUCUCCCGUAAGAUCCGACUUUUGUUUUGCGCUAGCGUGGCGCGUCCUCACAGCUCGUUUGAGUAA